CUCCUCUCCUCCUCCUCCUCCGGCGGCUGGAGGCUGGCGUUGUGUCUGCGUGGGAGGGGGCCAGCCCGGGGACCCGAAGUUGCCAGGCGGUCGGGGGGCCUUUGCAAGGCUUUGCAAGGCAAUCCCCCUUUUCUUUGGAGCCGGACCUGGACGCAGAGAGUCCCAAAGGCAGAACCUGGGGGAGAGAGAGAGAAAGAGAGAAGAGAGACGGAGGCAGCCUUCGAACUGGAGCCCUGUUUGCUUUGGGAGAGGAAUAUGGCUGAUCGCAGGGAGGGCUGAGCCUGCCAUUCGCCUUCUCCUCUCUCUCUCUCUCUCUCUCUUUCUCAAUUCAAUCCCUGCCUCCUUCCUUCCCUUUGGCUUUUCUCCUGACAUGUAAGAGAACUUCUCCAGGCCAGCAGCAACCCUGGGCCCUUCCGUCCUUCCUCCCGAGAGCUUCCAAGGCUGUGGAUUCAAUGCAGGGCGGAGGAAAAUAAAGCGGCGGCCUCGAAGUAGAGGAAAAUCUGCAGUGGAGGAUGAAGAUAGCAUGGAUGGGCUGGAAGCAGCAGAAACAGAAAACACUGUGGAAACUGAAAUCAAGGAACAGUCUCCAGAGGAGGAAGCCCAAGCUGAAGUGGAUGGUGAUAAGAAGCUAACACAAACUCUUCAGAGCUCAGUUUCUGGGGAACCCGCAAGCCCUGUUGCCUCUGUUGGUGUUGAAGCAAAAACCAGUGACCAGCUCUGUGUCUUUUGCUACUGUGGGGAGCGAAGUUCAUUAGGACAAGGAGAACUGAAACAAUACUGUCCGACGCCAGGGUUUCUUGCUCCGUGGAACAGCCAGCCUUUAAAUAAGAGUGAAACUGGGGACAGCCAUGAUGGCAUUUGUGAGAGUACUCCAAGGCAGAACUCAGACCUGCACAAACCAAGAGGACAGAAGAAAGAGAAGUCUCAUCAGAGUACCACACCUUGUACAAGUAUAAGCACGCAAACUACUCCUGAUGAUCAGAUAGUCAAGUUCUGGGAUGAACUCAGAAUGGUUGGCUUACCAGAUGACAUUGAUGUCCAAGCCUUAUUUGAGCCCACAGGCCACUGCUGGGCUCAUCACCGCUGUGCGGAAUGGUCGCUGGGCGUUUGCCAGACUGAAGAGCAGCUACCAGUGAACGUGGACAAAGCUGUUGUCUCAGGGAGCACAAAACGAUGUGCAUAUUGCAAGCACCUUGGAGCCACUAUCAAAUGCUGUGAAGAGAAAUGCACCCAGAUGUACCAUUACCCAUGUGCUGCUGGAGCAGGCACUUUUCAGGAUUUUAAUAGCUUGUCCCUCCUUUGCCCAGACCACAUUGACCAGGCUCCACUAAGAUCAAAGGAAGAAGCUAACUGUGCGGUUUGCGAUAGCCCUGGCGACCUCUUAGAUCAACUUUUUUGUACUACGUGUGGCCAGCAUUACCACGGGAUGUGUCUGGAUAUACAAGUGACAGCUCUAAAACGGGCAGGUUGGCAGUGUCCUGACUGCAAAGUGUGCCAGAACUGCAAGCAUUCAGGAGAAGAUAACAAGAUGCUAGUGUGUGAUACAUGUGACAAAGGAUACCACACGUUCUGUUUACAACCAGUGAUGGACUCUGUACCAACAAAUGGCUGGAAAUGUAAAAAUUGCAGGGUAUGUGCAGAAUGCGGCACACGGACCAGUAGUCAGUGGCAUCACAACUGUCUUAUGUGUGACAGUUGCUACAAUCAGCAGGAAAAGCUACCUUGUCCUCUCUGUGAAAAAUCCUCCUCUCCGGACGGACAAAAAGACAGGCUGCUUUGUCACUUGUGCAAAAGGUGGAUUCACAUCGACUGUGACAGAUCUCCUAGUAAUGAACUGGAUAGUCAUCUGAAAGAGUAUAUCUGCAGUCUUUGCAAACAUUCAAUAGUUGAAGAGGAAUGUGCAUUGUCAUGUGAUGCGAUGGAGACGGCCCAACUUCUUCCUGAAUCUGACACAGGUUGUGCAGAUGAAAUGGAAAUAGAGGAGAGUGCUGAAGGUGUCACAAACGAAGAUCAAGUAGUAACGGAUUGUGGUCUUGUUGAAGAAGAAUCCCUGGUUAAAUGCACUGCAGAUGGCCUCUCGUUAAAUGAAAACAGUGGUGAACUGGAACUACAGAUUUCUAAUAAUUGUGGUGCAGAUGAAAUGGAAACAUCUCCUAAAAAGACCCAUGCACCAAAUGGUAUUGACAUUGGUAAAAAGAUGGAAACAAUAGAAAAUAUUCCAGAUCUAAUGCCACAAGUAACAGGAAAGCAAACUGAAGAAACAGAACAUGCACAGGAAAGUACUGAAUUACUAAAUAUGCCCAAAGAAGAGUCUCAGUGUCUUCUAGUAACAACUGAGGACUUAGCAAAGAUGCCUGGUGCUUUCAUUCUGAUCAGUAAAGAGAGGGCCUCCUAUCAGAAAGAAGAGCCGUUGGAAGCAAGGGUUGUGUCAGAAGGCGGCAAUGGAGGGGAUACGCCUGAAAGUUGUGAGACGUCAUCUCUUCCUGCAAGUGAAAGCUGUGCAACUGACAGUUCACCCUUGGGAGACAAGUCUAUUAAGUCACCUACCGAAACAUUUUCCUCAUUCCCAUCAUCUGUUGAAAUAAGCAAGACAAGUGUCUCUUCCUCACCAGCAGCCUCGCUAGAGUUAGGCUCAUCACAUGACAUGCUCCGUAGUCAGACAUCAUCACUAGAAUCUGCUUUGGUUCCAACCACAUACGUGUCACUCACUCCAAAAAUUGGGAUGGGGAAACCAGCUAUCACCAAAAGGAAGUUUUCUCCUGGAAGACCAAGGUCAAGACAGGGGGCUUGGAGUAGCCAUAAUACAGUGAGCCCACCUUCCUGGUCCCCAGACAUUUCAGAAGGUCGGGAAUUUUUUAAGUCCAGACCGUUUCCUGGCAGUGCCAUAUGGAGCAUCAAAGUGGGUCGUGGAUCAGGAUUCCCUGGGAAGCGGAGACCACGUGGUGCAGGUCUUUCAGGUCGAGGUGGACGAGGGAGAUCAAAACUCAAGAGUGGAAUUGGAUCUAUCUUUCCUCCAGGGGUCAUGGAUAUGGACAUUUCUUAUAUCAAAGAUGAGGAGGAAAACUCGAUGCACAAUACCGUGGUCUUAUUUUCCAGCAGUGACAAGUUUACUUUGCAUCAGGAUAUGUGUGUAGUUUGCGGAAGUUUUGGUAAAGGCGCAGAAGGCCGAUUGCUUUCUUGUUCUCAGUGUGGUCAGUGUUACCAUCCCUACUGUGUCAGUAUUAAGAUUACAAAAGUGGUGCUCCACAAGGGUUGGAGAUGCCUGGAGUGCACUGUGUGCGAAGCCUGCGGGAAGGCUACAGAUCCAGGAAGGCUACUCCUUUGUGAUGACUGUGAUAUCAGCUAUCACACAUACUGCCUGGAUCCACCGCUGCAAACAGUUCCCAAGGGAGGUUGGAAGUGCAAAUGGUGCGUUUGGUGCAGACACUGUGGCGCUACUUCUCCUGGUCUGAGAUGUGAAUGGCAAAAUAAUUACACACAGUGCGCUCCUUGUGCAAGCUUAUCUACCUGCCCGAUCUGCUGUUGCAACUAUAGAGAAGAAGACCUUAUUAUACAGUGUAGACAGUGUGACAGAUGGAUGCACACAGUCUGCCAAAACUUAAACACAGAGGAGGAAGUUGAAAGCACAGCUGACAAUGGUUUUGACUGUACCAUGUGUAGGCCAUAUGUACUACCAGCAAAUGUGCCUUCCACAGAAUGCUGUGAGUCAUCAGCUGCAGCCCAAAUUUUAACAAAAGCAAAGGAACUUGACCCACCGAAGACAUACACUCAGGAUGGAGUCUGUUUGACAGAAACAGGGAUGUCUCAGUUACAGAGUCUUAGUGCAGUGGUACAAAGAAGAAAACGGACCAAGCCAAAGCUCAAAUUGAAGAUUAUAAACCAGAAUAGUGUGGCUGUGCUCCAAACACCACCUGACGCCCAGUCAGAACACUCAAGGGAUGGGGAGAUGGAUGACAGUAGAGAAGGAGAGCUCAUGGACUGUGAAGGAAAAUCAGACACAAGCCCAGAGCGGGAAGCUGUCGAUGAGGAUCCCAAGGGAACGGAAGGAACGGAGGGGAUCAAAAAGAGGAAGAGAAAACCAUACCGACCUGGCAUUGGUGGAUUCAUGGUACGGCAGCGGAGUCGCACAGGACAAGGCAAAGCAAAACGAACUCUCUCUCGGAAAGAUUCUUCUGGCUCCAUAUCUGAGCAGAUACCUAGCAAAGAUGAAAGUUGGGGUGAACAGCUACCAGACACACCAGUUGAUGAAACCACUCCUGUUUCUGAAAACGUAGAAAAAAAUAAAAAACGCUAUCGAAAAAAGAAAAACAAGCUUGAAGAAACCUUUCCAGCCUAUUUGCAGGAAGCCUUCUUCGGCAAAGAUCUUCUGGAUACCAGCAGACAAAGUAAACCAAGUUUGGAUCAUUUAGGUGAAGAAAACCUUAACAUUUCAUGCAAAACAAAUCUGAGCACAAACUUCUUAGAUCCAUCUUCAGACCCCCUUCUUAGCUCAACUUCCACCCCAGUGCCACCAAAAGCCGGCACACAAGGUAUUGCUGAUGACCCCAUAGCUGCUCUUGUGCUGAAUAAUGAUGAGGACAUUCUUGGAAUCUUUUCUGAUGAUUUAGUGAAAUCGGCAGAUCAUUCAGGUCUUGAUUUAUGCACUUUCCAGGUUGAGAGCUCCUCCUCCCCUUUUGCUGGUCUGGAUAUUGGAGCCAUCCCGGACGAUCCCUCUUCUCUGCCUCUACAAAGCGUCAGUCAGAGUUCACGGCCGUUGAGUGAAGAACAAUUAGAUGGAAUCCUGAGCCCUGAAUUGGACAAGAUGGUCACAGAUGGUGCAAUUCUUGGUAAAAUGUACAAGAUUCCAGAGCUGGGAGGAAAGGAUGUGGAAGACCUGUUUACAGCUGUACUGAGUCCGGCAACUACUCAAUCAACACCUUUGCCACAACCCCAACCACCCCCACCCCAACCCUUAAUGCACUUGCACAAUCCAGGGGAAAACACGUUUUCAAGAGUUCCACUUAUGAAUGGGCUGAUUGGACCAAAUCCCCAUCUCCCUCAUGCAUCUCUAGUUCCUGGAGGUGGAUUAGGUGCUUUUCCUACCAUAUCACAGCCACCAUUCACGGACACAAGAGAUAAAAAUGCAUUUAAUGCUGUGAUGAAUGAUCCCGCUGGCUCAUGGGUUCCAUCCACUGCCCCUCUGGAAGGUGAAGGUGACACUAUGUCUAAUGCACAGAGAAGCACUCUGAAGUGGGAGAAAGAGGAAGCACUCGGUGAAAUGGCAACUGUAGCACCUGUUCUGUACACAAAUAUCAACUUUCCAAACCUGAAAGAGGAGUUCCCAGAUUGGGCUACAAGAGUGAAGCAGAUUGCUAAACUGUGGAGAAAAGCAAGUUCGCAGGAAAGAGCUCCAUAUGUGCAAAAAGCCAGAGAUAAUAGAGCGGCCUUGCGCAUCAACAAAGUGCAGAUGUCUAAUGAUUCCAUGAAAAGGCAGCAGCAGCAGGACAGUAUUGAUCCAAGCUCUCGUAUUGAUGCAGAACUCUUCAAGGACCCAUUAAAGCAGAGAGAAUCAGAGCACGAGCAAGAGUGGAAAUUUAGACAGCAAAUGCGUCAAAAAAGUAAGCAGCAGGCUAAAAUUGAAGCAACUCAGAAACUGGAGCAAGUGAAAAAUGAGCAACAGCAACUUCAGCAACAACUUGGGUCACAGCAACCUUUGAACCAGUCAGGUUCAGAUACACCUAGUAGUGGGAUGCAGAGUCCUUUAACUCCUCAGACUGGUAAUGGAAAUAUGUCUCCUGGUCAACAGACAUUAUACACAAAGCAACCACCUGGUACCCCUUCUUCUUCUCCUCCAUCUGAUGUGUUCCUAAAACCACAAGUCCCACCUCCACCUGUGACACCAAACAAAAUGCCUAUUCAAGACACACACUCACAGGCUUCAUCUCAACACUCUUUUUCUCCUUCAUCUGCUAGACCACCUUCUCCUAUUGACCCAUAUGCAAAAAUGGUAGGGACUCCUAGGCCACUACCUGUUAACCAAAACCAGAACUAUAUCAGAAGAAACUCUAUUCCAUCAGUCGAUCUCUGCCCACCUCCAUCAUCCAUAUCUAGGCCAAUUCAAGCACCCGAAACAACAGGAAGGCGGCCAUCACCAGGCAGAGAUUCAUGUUCUUUGUCUCCAGUCAAUAUUGACCCUUAUGCAAAAGCUCCAGAUACACCUAGACCGGUGAUAGGAACAGAACAGUUUGCCAAGCCCAUGGGGGUGCCAAGACCACCUGUAAUGGCAGAACAGCCAGGAAAAGCAUCUUUAAAUGUAGCAAACAGUGACCCGUUUGCUAAACCAUCUCCUAGGGCAGAUGGAUUUCCAAGGCCUCGGAUGCCUAUGGCCGACUCAUAUACACGACCCCCAUUGACUUCCAUUCUUGUUGCAGAGGAGAGUUCUGGUCCAUUUAAAACUCCAUUCCGCCCAAAUCAGCCACCACAAGAUCCUUAUACAAAAAUGCCACUGACUCCACGACGCCUACCUUUGGAUCCCUAUGAACGGCCUGUUUUAACACCAAGGCCCGUAGACAGCUUUUCGCACAAUCCAUCGAAUGACCAAUACACUCAACCUCUGACUCCACAGCCAGCAAUAAAAGAGACUUUUGCCCAUCCACAAAGAGUAAUUCGAAACCAGACUGAUUCUUUUUCUCAGUCUGGAACUGGUUCAAGGGCAGUUGCUCAGGAUCCCUAUGCCCAGCCUCCGGGCACUCCUCGUCCUGUCUCAGACCCAUAUGCCCAGCCUCCGGGUACGCCUCGUCCUGUCACAGAUCCUUAUGCCCAACCUCCAGGUACUCCUCGUCCAAUCUCAGAUCCUUAUGCCCAACCUCCAGGCACUCCUCGUCCUGUCUCAGAUCCAUAUGCCCAGCCUCCGGGCACUCCUCGACCUGCCACUGUUGACCCAUACAUGCAUCAACCACACACACCAAGACCUGCACAGAAAGCAGACUUGUUUCCUCAGGUUUCAGCUAAUCAAAGGCAUUCGGAUCCAUAUGCCCAGCCUCCAGGAACACCAAGACCAAUGAGUAAUGAUCCGUAUUCCCAGUCACCAGCAACUCCAAGGCCUGUAGUUUCAGAAACAUACAAUAGACCCACCCUCAUGUUAAAUCGAGAUCCUUAUCUACAGACUUCACAGAAUAAGCCUUUUGUAAGACCAUCAGAUCCAUGUUCUCAGCCUACAAAAUUAUCAGGAUCUGCUGUGACAGAUGCUUUUAGCCAUAUUCCGACAGCCCCAUCAUGUGACCCUUAUGAUCAGCCCCCAAGGACCCCAAGACCUCAACCGGAAAGUUUUGGAAAUGUACAACAUCCCCAUGAUGCUGCUGAACAGCCCAGACCUGGAUCAGGGGGAAGCUUCCAUGCACCUGUGAAUUCCUCUGUGAACUUGCAAGGAAAUCCAUUUCCCCAGACCACGCAAGUUCCUGGCCCAGCACCAACUGCAGGAGCAACAAGUACACAGAACACAAUGUCUCAGGCAGAGGCAGAGAAACUGAGACAGCGCCAGAAAUUACGUGAAAUUAUUCUACAGCAACAACAACAGAAGAAAAAUGCAAUCCGUCAAGAGAAAGCACCACAGGAAACAGCUGCAACAUCUCAUGCAGGAGCUAUUCCACCUUGGCCACAAGAAAAUCUGAACCAGAUUUUUAAUCGUCCUCCUCCUCCAUACCCUGGAAAUGUUAGGGCAUCUAUUGUCCCUCCCGGUGGAAUGAGGUUCACAGUUUUUCCUGCUGAUGGACAGUUCAAUAGACCCCAGUUUCCAGGAGAUAUGGGUGGCAUGGGAAUGAGGUCCCAUGGAAUGAGAUAUGGGUUUUCUGGGAGUGGUCAUGGACCUCCUCCAUGUCAAGAACGCUUCCUUGGUCCUCCACAGCAAAUGCAACGUCCUGGAAUCCCACCCCAGCUCAGAAGAUCCAUGCCUAUAGAGAUGCCUAGAUUACCUACUAAACCCCAAAUGGCUAAUCCUAUUGGACUUCCACAGCAUUUCCCACCACAAGGAAUCCAGGUUCAGCAGCACAACAUUAUGGGGCAGGCAUUUAUUGAACUCUGUCACAGAGCACCUGAAAGCAGGCCAAGGCUGCCUUUUAAUUCCCCACCAACAACUGUUAUAAAUACAGUUCCCCAACAUCAGCAACAUGCAGGGUUUUUACCCAGGCAGGACUGUCAGGGACCCAGACUCCUGGAGCCCAUGAGACGCAAUUCUCAAAACCUUAAUGCUCCAUUGCACGUGUCAACAGGCUUAGAACAUUUACCACCAUCUCAGCAGGAAACAAUGAAUCCAAGCCAUCCGCCUGUGCUAGUGAUGUGUCCUCUAAGUAACCCACCAAUUAAUGAUGCUUUUCCAGAAGGAUCUUUGCCGGAAACAACACCUGCAGAGUCAGCAAGUGACUUACAGAUUCCCAACCAGACUGCUGAGGUACUAGAAGAAAAACUUGAUCCUGAUGAUCCUUCUGUAAAAGAUCUAGAUGUCAAAGACCUUGAUGGCGUGGAGGUUAAGGACUUGGUGGAUGAAGACCUUGAGAAUCUCAAUCUUGAUCCAGAAGAUGGAAAAGGAGACGAGCUGGACACAUUUGAUCCACUGGAAACUAAUGAUCGUCACCUAGAUGACCUUCUGAGAUCAGGAGAAUUUGACAUUAUUGCUUACACUGAUCCAGACCACGAUUUAGGUGACAAGAAGGGUAUGUUUAGUGAAGAGCUGGAUCUCAAUGUUCCCAUAGAUGAUAUACAAGGCAGAGCAGAAGACCCUCAGCAAAACCACCAGGAUGAUAAAGUUCCCAGUCCAGGAGACUCACUUUCUUCACAGGAUAAAAUUGGUGAAGUCAGUGAGAUUAAAACAGAAGUGUUGUCCCCAGACACAGUAGCUGAAAGUAACUCUGAAAAUGAAAAAGGUGACAGAAAUGUGGUGGCCUCGAGCAUUCAGAAUAUGGCUGAGCCAGAGCUACAGGAUGGAGAAACGAAGUCUGUGCUGCCUUGUAAUGUGGAAACGGUUGACAAAACAACUACGAAAGAGGAACCCACUGCAUCUAGCCCAGAUGCUGCUCAAGGCGCUGCUGCCACGCCAGCCCAAAGUGUCGCUAGUUCUUGCAAUAUCUCUGGAUCCACUCCAGUUCUUACAAGCUUGCUUUCUAAUGAAAGUUCAGACAACCCUGAUGUUGGGACUUCAGGGUCUCCAGCUAACUCUUUGCCAGCAGCGCAAGCAAAUCCUGUUCCAGGUAUUCCACAAGCAUUAAUGACACCUGCUGGUCAAACUGUGGAGAACGCUUUACCUAACAUGAACAUAGUUCCCCAAAUAAGCCAUAGCUUCUCACCAGGGACAACAGUAAAUCCAGGUUUUGUCCCUGGCCAUAGCUUCGGGCCAGGACAGCCUGGCAAUCAACCCAUGCCUGUUGUCAAUAGACCCGGCCCCACUGGAAUGCCUGGUCCCCAGCAGAUGAUGCUUCCUCAAGCGUUAGCCCAGCAGCAGAAUCGAGAGAGGCCCCUUCUGUUGGAAGAGCAACCACUUCUACUUCAAGAUCUCUUAGACCAAGAAAGACAGGAGCAGCAACAGCAACGACAGAUGCAAGCCAUGAUUCGCCAGCGUUCAGAGCCUUUUUUCCCCAACAUUGAUUUUGAUGCAAUCACCGAUCCCAUAAUGAAAGCAAAGAUGGUGGCUCUGAAGGGGAUCAAUAAAGUAAUGGCACAGAACAAUAUGGGAAUGCCACCAAUGGUCAUGAACAGGUUUGCCUUUAUGGGCCAGGCGGUGCCAGGAGCACAGACUGGGGAAGGCCAGAAUCUAAUACAGCAGGCCAUCACGCAGGACGGAAAUCUAACCCCUCAAAUGUCUAGGCCAAAUCCACCAAAUUUUGGUCCUGGAUUUGUAAAUGAUUCACAUAGAAAGCAAUAUGAAGAAUGGCUGCAAGAAACACAGCAGCUUCUUCAGAUGCAGCAAAAAUUCCUUGAAGAGCAAAUCGGUGCACAUAGAAAAUCAAAGAAAGCACUCUCUGCAAAACAGCGCACGGCAAAGAAAGCUGGCCGGGAAUUCCCAGAAGAAGACGCAGAGCAGCUCAAGCAUGUCACGGAGCAGCAGAGUAUGGUUCAAAAACAGCUUGAACAGAUACGAAAGCAACAAAAGGAACACACAGAGCUUAUUGAAGAAUAUCGGAUUAAGCAGCAACAAUGUGGGAUUGGUCCCCAUGCUAUGAUGCCGGGCAUUCCUUCUCAGCCCCCAAUGGUCCCAGGAGCAUCACCGCCCUCAAUGGGUCAACAGAAUUUCCCAGUAGUCCCACAACAACUUCAGCACCAGCAGCAUACAGUUGUCGUUCCUGGUCAACCCACUCCGCCAAGGAUGCCAGGCUUGCCUGGAUGGCAGCCUCCCAGUGCUGCACAAAUGCACAUCCCACACAAUGCACCAAGGAUGCCCCCUCCAAUGACACCGCUGCCUGUCAAUUCUGUGCCGCCCGCUUCUGUGUCGGCUCCCACCUCCAGCGUGCAGUCAGGACCCCCGCCACGGGUGGAGUUUGACGAUAACAACCCGUUUAGUGAAAGCUUUCAAGAACGAGAGCGAAAAGAGCGCUUGCGAGAGCAACAGGAAAGACAACGCAUUCAACUUAUGCAGGAAGUGGACCGGCAGAGAGCUUUGCAGCAGAGGAUGGAGAUGGAGCAACACGGUGCAGCGGGCUCAGAAUUAAACGCCAGACCUUCCUUGUCUCAGAUGCCGUACUUCAAUUCCGAUCUGCCUUGUGAUUUCAUGCGGCCUUCGCAGUCUCUUCCGCAAUCCCCACAACAUCAGCAACAACAGAUGGGAGCCCUCGUCCAGCAAGGGCCUUUGAACUCACCGCCUGCUGCCAACUUUCCGCAAUGUAGUGAGCAGCAGCCAAUGGGAUCUUCCCCUUUUGGACCUGAUCCAGCGCCAGUUCCAGAUGGAAGCCCCACUUUCCACUCUGUUAAGCAGUCUCUCGGGAGCGUCUCGGGAGCCAACUUUCCACAGUGCCAGGUUAGACCUCAGUUUGCCGGUGGUCUGCCUGCAGUUCCUCUAGCAGCCGGCAAUGGUCCUCCCUGUGGCCAGGACACCAGCAUGCCCCACGGCCCAAACUUUCCUGAAACAAGUCAGUCUCUCAUUCAGUUGUAUUCAGACAUCAUUCCAGAGGAGAAGGGCAAGAAGAAAAGAACAAGGAAAAAGAAGAAAGAGGACGACACGGAAUCAGUAAAGACUCCGUCUACACCUCAUUCGGAUAUAACUGCACCCCCGACUCCACUUGUUUCAGAUGCUGUCUCCACCCCAGUAGUUAGCACGCCUGGUGAACAUGCCUCCCACCCGACAGAAGUGGAAGCAGAAGAGGUGCCAGGCUCAUCGACUCCAAGUGCUGCAGAGAGCCAGUCUUCCUUAGAACUCAAAGGCCAGCUUUCUAGUAGUGAUUUGUCACAAAACAAAUUGCCCGAGCCAUCGAGCACGAAGCCAGAGACGGACACGGUCAAGGCAGAUGCUUCUGAGGGCACUCAGGAAAUUACCCAAGAAGAUACAGAAGGGGAUCAGUGCCCUGGUCAACCCAAGCUGAAGACAGAAGGUCAACGCAGCAUUAAAGUGGAAGAGGAUAAAGCUGCAACCCAGUCUGCACCUUCUUCACAGAACCAGGGGCAAGAUGCAAGCGGCCCAACCGCAAAAGGAGAAUCAGGGAACGAACUCCUAAAACACUUGCUUCGGAACAGAAAAUCCACUACUUCUAUCAGCCCAAAAUCAGAUAGCACCUUCCUCUCAGAAGAGGGUGCUGAAGAGAACAAAUUAGUAGAGAAACGGGACCCAGCUGAAGGUGGUAUGCAAUCAAUAGGAAAUCCGUUGCAGGGUACAUUUGGGUGCGGCAACAACCAGAUUUCGAGAGCUGAUUUGGGACAUGAAACGAAAAAACAGCGAAACAAACGAACUCAGAGAGCGGGGGAGAAGGCAGCACCUCGGACAAAGAGGAGGAAAAAAGAGGAGGAGGAGAAGCAGGCUAUUUAUCCCAAUACAGAAACUUUUAUGCAAUUAAAGCAGCAACUCUCUUUGCUGCCUUUGAUGGAGCCAAUAAUUGGAGUGAGUUUUGCCCAUUUUCUGCCUUGUGGCAGUGGCCAUCUGAAUAGUGGAAGUCGCCUUAUGGGAAGCUUUGGUAGUGCCACGCUUGAUGGGGUAUCAGAUUACUAUUCCCAGCUAAUCUAUAAGCAGAAUAACCUCAGCAACCCUCCCACGCCUCCGGCCUCCCUCCCUCCCACACCUCCGCCUGUAACUUGCCAAAAAAUGGUAAAUGGAUUUGCAACCACCGAAGAACUUGCCACGAAGGCUGGAAUGCUGGGAGGUCAUGAUGUAACCAAAGCUCUGGGACCGAAGCAGUUCCAACUGCCUUUCAGACCACAGGAUGAUCUCUUGGCUCGAGCCAUGGCUCAAGGUCCUAAAAGCGUGGAUGUUCCUGCUUCCCUACCGACCCCACCUCACAACAAUCAUGAAGAGCUACGGGUUCAGGAUCCUUGUGAUGACAGAGACACUCCCGACAGCUUUGUUCCCUCGUCCUCUCCUGAGAGCGUAAUGGGCAUGGAAAUAAGCAGAUAUCCUGAUCUGGCCGCAGUAAAGGAAGAGAUGCCAGAGCCAAUUCCUUCCCCCAUCAUCCCAAUCCUACCUGCUAGCACUGGAAAAGGUUCAGAAGCAAAAAGGAAUUAUAUCAAGACAGAGCCUGGGCCUGGCUUCUUUGGCUCUCAGAUUGGAUCUUCCCCAAACGUCCCAAGAUCUGGCUUUGUAUCCAUAGCAAUUACUUUACAUCCCGCUGCUGCAGAGAACAUUGGCAGUGUGGUGGCUGCAUUUUCCAACCUUCUUCAUGUCAGGAUUCCACAUAGUUAUGAGGUUAGCAGUGUGUCAGAUGUUCCGGCUUCUAUGGGAAUGAUCAACGCUCACAAAUCAAACCCCACCUUUGAAUACAGACAGCACUUAUUACUGCAUGGUCCUCAACCAGGCACUAUAGGCCCUCCUGGACUAACGGGGCCUUAUGGACUCAAACAACAUAAUAUGUCGUUUCCACCAAGUGGUAAUGUUUUGGCAGGCUAUAAAGCACACAAUCCAAAUGUCAUUGACGGUUCGGCAUUGAGGCCGCAGUGGUGCUCUCAUUGUAAAGUGGUCAUUCUGGGCAGUGGAGUACGGAAGUCUUUGAAAGAUCUUCCUUUGCUGAAGCAGGAUUCCAGAGAGAAGAUGGAAAGAAUGGAGAAAGACUUUUUCUUCUGCAGCAACAAUUGCUUUGUUCUGUAUUCAGCAUCCAUGCAAGCAAAAAAACUCGAUAGCAAGGAAUCGAUCCCUUCACUAACCCAGUUUCCAGUAAAGGAGGCUCCCCCCAAAGUGUUCCACCAAUAUAACAACAACAUCUCUACCUUGGAUGUGCACUGCCUCCCUCAGUUCCAGGAAAAGGCUUCUCCGCCUUCCUCUCCCCUGAUCAUCUUCCCUCCUGCUUUUGAAGCAGCCAGAGUGGAACCCAAACCAGAUGAACUUAAGGUCACAGUAAAACUAAAACCCCGUUUGAGAACGAUUCCCAAUGGUCUUGACGACGGUCGACCAGUCAGUAAGAAAUGGAAAGGCAUGAAGUGGAAGAAAUGGAAUAUACAGAUUGUGAUUCCUAAAGGAACGUUCAAACCUCCUUGCGAUGAGGAGAUAGACGAAUUCCUCAAGAAACUGGGCACAACGAUUAAACCCGAUCCAAUUCCUAAGGACUACCGGAAAUGUUGCUUCUGUCACGAAGAGGGCGACGGACUCACGGACGGGCCAGCGAGACUUCUUAAUCUUGACUUAGACCUUUGGGUCCAUUUGAAUUGUGCCCUUUGGUCUACGGAGGUCUACGAGACGCAAGCUGGUGCCUUAAUCAACGUGGAACUCGCCCUGCGGAGGGGGUUGCAAAUGAAAUGCACAUUCUGCCACAAGAUGGGCGCCACCAGCGGCUGUCACAGGUUAAGGUGCACCAACAUUUAUCACUUUACCUGCGCCAUUAAAGCACAAUGCAUGUUUUUUAAGGAUAAAACUAUGCUUUGCCCAAUGCACAAACCAAAGGGCGUUCACGAGCAGGAGCUCAGCUACUUCGCCGUCUUCAGGCGGGUCUACGUGCAGCGCGACGAGGUCCGGCAGAUCGCCAGCAUCGUGCAACGCGGGGACCGCGAGCACACCUUCCGGGUGGGGAGCCUGAUUUUCCACACCAUCGGCCAACUACUGCCGCAUCAGAUGCAGGCCUUCCAUUCUACCAGGGUGCUCUACCCAGUGGGCUAUGAGGCCAGCCGCUUCUACUGGAGCACACGGUAUGCCAACCGCAGAUGCCGCUACCUGUGCUCCAUCGAGGAGAAGGAAGGUCUCCCUCUCUUUGUCAUCAGGAUCAUCGAGCAAGGCCACGAAGACCUGGUCCUUACCGAUGCAACUCCAAAAGGUGUUUGGGAUAAAAUCCUGGAGCCUGUUGCUUCUGUAAGGAAAACUUCUGAGAUGCUCCAGCUCUUCUCUGCAUAUCUGAAAGGGGAAGACCUUUUUGGAUUGACUGUUUCUGCAGUAGCAAGAAUUGCUGAAUCGCUCCCCGGGGUGGAAGCCUGUGAGCGUUACACCUUCCGAUACGGCCGAAACCCGCUCAUGGAGCUCCCCCUCGCCAUCAACCCCACCGGCUGCGCCCGCUCCGAACCCAAAAUGAGCAGCCAUGUCAAGAGGUUUGUGUUAAGGCCUCAUACCUUGAAUAGCACCAGCACUUCAAAGUCAUUUCAGAGCACAGUUACAGGAGAACUAAAUGCACCUUACAGUAAACAGUUUGUUCAUUCAAAGUCCUCUCAGUACCGGAAGAUGAAGACUGAAUGGAAAUCCAAUGUCUACUUGGCACGAUCACGAAUUCAGGGUCUGGGCUUGUAUGCUGCUAGAGACAUUGAAAAGCACACAAUGGUCAUUGAAUAUAUUGGAACCAUCAUCCGCAACGAGGUAGCCAACAGGAAGGAGAAGCUUUACGAAUCUCAGAACCGUGGAGUGUACAUGUUCCGCAUCGACAACGAUCACGUCAUUGACGCCACACUGACAGGAGGCCCUGCAAGGUAUAUUAAUCAUUCCUGUGCACCGAACUGUGUGGCUGAGGUGGUAACCUUUGAAAGGGGGCAUAAAAUCAUCAUCAGUUCUAGCAGGAGAAUCCAGAAAGGGGAAGAGCUCUGUUACGACUAUAAGUUUGAUUUUGAAGAUGAUCAGCACAAGAUUCCAUGUCACUGUGGAGCCGUCAACUGCCGGAAAUGGAUGAACUAGAUGCAUUCCUUGCCGUCUCCUAGGGCUGCGUGUCCCAAGGAAGGAGUGACUCUGAUGGCGUCGUUUUGCAGGCUGGGGCAGGGAUGUGAAAGCGGUCCCUUCUGCAAGUUGCCUAUAUUCUGCUCCCAGGCAAAGAGCCGGAAGGGAGGGAGCCGGACGGCGGGAAGCGCAUCAGCCGGUGCUUGGCUUCCCGAGCGCAUGAGAGACGCCACAGAUCUCCAAACCGGUCCAGCACUUUUGAUUUUAUGAACUCGCUCGCGAACUGAGAAGUUGUUGAACGUGGGCAGAGAAAGCGGUGUAGAGAGCUGACCUGCCGAGGGGCAGCGUGGCAUCAAUGAAUGUAGACUGAAAUCACCAGCGAAAGAAAGGGAGACGUCCAAAGUGCUGGCCACAGCCUUACUUUAUGAAAGGGGCAGGCCCUCUAAAUACAGAAAAAUAAAAUAAAAAUAAAAUAAGUUUAAAUAAAAAGUAGACACCACUGAACAAGGAAUGUACUGAAUGACUUCCUUAGGGAUAGAGCUAAGGGAAAAAAAUAACUUGCACUAAAAUACAUUUAAAAUACUUGAUUCCAUGAGUCAGUUUAUUGUAGUUUUUGAUUUCUGUAAAAUAAGAGAAACUUUUUGUAUUUAUUAUUGAAAUAAGUGAAUGAAGCUAUUUUUAAAAAGGAAGAGUUAGAAGCCAAGCUGCUGCUGUUACCUGCAGAAACUAACAAACCCUGUUACUUUGUACAGACGUGUAAAUAAUUUUGAGGGAGUAAAAAAAAAAAGUACAAUAUAAAGAAAUAGUAAUUGACCAAAUGCUAUCAAGACUCUGCAGCAGUUUCGGGUGCUUAUUAUUAAACUUUGAUAGGGAUGUUACAAUAUGAUCUCAUGUAUUACUAAACAUGCCAUUAAAAAAAUUGUUAUGGAAUAACCAAAAUCUCAAUUUAAGAGAGGUUUUACUUUAUUUUUUUAACCUUGAAAGCAGGCUCGAUUGUGCUCUAUCCAUUAACUUUUGUAAGUCGACCCUUAAGACUGAUAAUAGAGCAUGUAUAUGACUUUUUUGUAGACGUCUGAGGAAAUUUAAGACUGGUUUUUAUUUUGUUUGUAUUAUAUUGUUACAUCCCUAUUUCUUAAAAUCAGGUUUUUUUGUGUGCUUAGAAUUUGUGAUAACUGUGAAUAACUGCUUAAACCACCCAAAACAGAAGCCGAACACUGAUUUUUUUUUUCUUUUCCGGAGAGAGUAUAGAAGGGGAGGGAUUACAUGAACUGUUCGGCUCACACUAAAAUCAUGUAACGGGAAUAGAAAUGUGUAGUGAAAGCGUAAGUCUAAUACAAUAGCUGCCUUCUUUAAAAAUAAAAACAAGGAAAAAAAUAGAUGUAAUUGUGCUUUCAUCUGCAGGACUCUCGCAAUAGGGUUUUGGAAAGUGUAAUUUAAAAAUAUGUGUUUGUAUGGAUUGUUUUUGUUUACAUUUCUUUUAAAAAAAUAAAUAAACACUGUUUGUGUUUGGCUUGUAGAGACCUAAUCAACAUUUUGAACCAGGUUAGUUUUUUUUUUAUUUUGUACUUUAAAUUCUGGUACUGACACUUCACAGUCUAAAUAUUAAAAAAGAAAUGAAGUUUUUUCUUUGUGUGCACAGCUGAAGUGGACUGUAAAACUGUCGGUAUAAUUCAGUGAUACAGUUCUGGACUUGUAAUGUAUAUGGCAUGAUGUAUUUUUAUCUUACAGAAUAAAUCAAUUGUAUAUAUUUUUCUCUUGAUAAAUAGCUGUAUGAAAUUUGUUUCUUGAAUAUUUUUCUUCUCUUGUACAAUAUUCCAGCAUCGAUCCUACCAGUAUUUGUCCUACUACAGGUUUUUUUUCCUCUCUCUCUCUCCUGUUCUGUAUCAUAGUUCUCUAAUGUUGACAAAAAAUGAAUUUUUGAAGUAUACAGAGUGUUAUGGGCUUUGAAAUUUGUGGAAACAGAUUUGGAAGAUCAGCAUUUACAAAUAAAAUAUUUUACAUCUAUAAA